CUGCAGCUGAGCCAGAGGAGGAACCCCCAUCGCAGCCAAUCCUGGGCGAGCUGACAGCCUCCCAGGUCACCCCCGACUCCGUCCAGCUGCACUGGAGCGUCCCCGAGGGCGCCUUUGACUCCUUCACGGUGCAGUACAAGGAUGACCAAGGCCAGCCGCAGGUGCUGCCCGUGGACGGGGGUUCCCGCACGGUGACCGUGCCUGGGCUGUCCCCGUCGCGCCGCUACAAGUUCAACCUGUACGGGGUGUGGGGUCGCAAACGCCUGGGCCCCGUCUCCACCGACGCCGUCACAGCUGCAGCCGAGCCAGAGGAGGAACCCCCAUCGCAGCCAAUCCUGGGCGAGCUGACGGCCUCCCAGGUCACCCCCGACUCCGUCCAGCUGCACUGGAGCGUCCCCGAGGGCGCCUUUGACUCCUUCACGGUGCAGUACAAGGAUGACCAAGGCCAGCCGCAGGUGCUGCCCGUGGACGGGGGUUCCCGCACGGUGACCGUGCCUGGGCUGUCCCCGUCGCGCCGCUACAAGUUCAACCUGUACGGGGUGUGGGGUCGGAAACGCCUGGGCCCCGUCUCCACCGACGCCGUCACAGUUGAUUGCCUGUCUGGAUGGAUGAUUGGAGCAAAGUUCAGGAGGACAGAUUUAUGGGGCGCCUUUGACUCCUUCACGGUGCAGUACAAGGAUGACCAAGGCCAGCCGCAGGUGCUGCCCGUGGACGGGGGUUCCCGCACGGUGACCGUGCCUGGGCUGUCCCCGUCGCGCCGCUACAAGUUCAACCUGUACGGGGUGUGGGGUCGGAAACGCCUGGGCCCCGUCUCCACCGACGCCGUCACAGCAGCUGCAGCCGAGCCAGAGGAGGAACCCCCAUCGCAGCCAAUCCUGGGCGAGCUGACGGCCUCCCAGGUCACCUCCAACUCCGUCCAGCUGCAGUGGAGCGUCCCCAAGGGCACCUUUGACUCCUUCAUGGUGCAGUACAGGGAUGCCCAAGGCCAGCCCGAGUCCCUGCUCGUGGACGGUGGCUCACACACGGUGACCAUCCCUGGGCUGUCCCCAUCUCGCCGCUACAACUUCUACCUUUAUGGGGUGCUGGGGCAUGAACGUCUGGGCCCCAUCUCCCUUGACACCAUCACGGCCCCAGCCCCACCAAAGGAGGUCACCCCCGACUCCGUCCAGCUGCACUGGAGCGUCCCCGAGGGCGCCUUUGACUCCUUCACGGUGCAGUACAAGGAUGACCAAGGCCAGCCGCAGGUGCUGCCCGUGGACGGGGGUUCCCGCACGGUGACCGUGCCUGGGCUGUCCCCGUCGCGCCGCUACAAGUUCAACCUGUACGGGGUGUGGGGUCAGAAACGCCUGGGCCCCGUCUCCACCGACGCCGUCACAG